AUGCCCAAUUACAAGUGUGACAGGAAAAAUGUAUUAUCUGUUAUUGGGGGACUCACUUCAGAAUAUUCCAAGCAGAUGUCUACCAUUUUAAGCAACUACAGGAUCCCACAGCUCACUUUUGGUUCAUUUGAAGCUGCAGUUAGUGGGAAAAGCAAUUUCCCUUUUUUGUACCAGAUGGCACCAAGGGAAACUACGUACCAUAUGGGGAUCAUUCAGCUUCUUCUGCAUUUCAGAUGGACAUGGAUUGGCCUGGUUGUAUCUGAUGAUGAUGCCGGGGAAAGUUUUGUGCAGAAACUGACUCCUUUGCUUGCCCAGAACAAAAUAUGUGUUGCCUUCUUGAGAACAGUAACUAACUAUAUUCUUAACAGUUACGUGCAGUUGGAUUACAUUGUAAGAAUCAAAGAGUUAAUGCAAACAUCUGUUACAGGUGAUGCCAAUGUGAUUGUUCUCAAGAUGGAUACAUUUUUGCUGAAUUUUUUAGCACAGUUCAUGGAAACAAUUGAAAUCAAUGUGAUGAGCAACAUAGGAAAGGUUUGGAUAAUGCCUCUUCAGUGGGAUCUUGUCAGUAAACUAAGUGGAGAAAUGAUUGGGAGAAACAUUUUCUUUGGUGCCUUUUCUUUCUCAGUCCACACAAUUGCAAUGCCAAAAUUCAAGGAAUUUCUUCAGAAUGUAAAGCUUGAUGACACUUUAGAGAAGUUUCUCUGUUUGCCAUGGAAAACUGCAUUUAAACUGUGUGAAAGCUGUAGAGGAGAGGAGAAUUUGGAGGAACUUCCUAUAAAGAUUUUUGAAAUGGAAAUGUCUGGUGAGAGCUACAGUAUCUAUAAUGCUGUCUAUGCUGUGGUACAUGCUUUACAUGCCAUAUGCUUUUCCAGACAAAGAAUUUUGUUGCAUAAAGGCAAACUUGAGCAUGAAGAAGUCCAAUCAUGGCAGCUCCACCUUUUCUUGGAAAACAUCCAUUUUAACAAUGGAGCUGCCCAAGAAGUCCUGUUUGAGAACAAGGAAUUGUCCAUUGGGUAUGAUAUCAUCAACUGGGUCAUUUCCCCCAAUGAGUCCUACAUCAAAGUCUUAGUUGGAAAGGUUUUGCCAAGCCAAAUGUUCAGCGUUAUGGAAGAUGUCAUUGUGUGGAAUCAGAGAUUAAAGCAGGUGCUACCACGUUCCAUAUGUGUUGAAAGCUGCCAUAUUGGACACAGUAAGAUAGUUCAAGAAGGAAAACCAGCCUGUUGCUAUGACUGCACUCCGUGCUCAGAAAACAUGAUUUCUAACAAGAAGGAUGCAGUUCACUGUACCAUGUGCCCAGAAGAUCACUAUCCAAAUGAGAUCCAUGACCACUGUAUCCCUAAGGUUAUAUCUUUCCUAUCCUAUCAAGAGCCCUUGGGGAUUGUUUUGGUUAGUGUUGCUCUUUCCUUUGCUGUGAUCACUUGUUUUGUGACACAAACCUUCCUAAAGCAUUGGAACACGCCCAUUGUCAAAGCCAACAACCAGAACCUCAGCUGUGUUCUUCUCAUUGCCAUCCUGUUGUGCUAUCUUUCUUGUUUGCUCUUCAUUGGCAAACCUGGGAAGCUGUCCUGCCUUCUUCGACAAAUGACUUUUGGCAUCAUUUUCUCUGUGGCAGUUUCUUGUGUGUUGGCAAAAACAAUCCUUGUGAUCCUGGCCUUCUUGGCCACAAAGCCAGGCAACAGAAUCAGGACAUGGCUGGGCCAAAAAGUAGCUAUUUCCAUUGUUCUUUCCUGCUCCCUCAAACAAGUGUGUAUUUGUAUUGCAUGGUCGUUGUCCUCUUCACCAUUCCCAGAUGUUGACAUGUACUCACAGACUGGGAAGAUCAUACUGGAAUGCAAUGAAGGUUCCAUCACCAUGUUCUACUGUGUCUUGGGCUACAUUGGCUUUCUCGCCCUCUUCAGCUUCAUUGUAGCUUUCUUAGCCAGAAGCUUGCCUGACACCUUCAAUGAAGCCAAGUUUAUCACUUUCAGCAUGCUGGUGUUUUGCAGUGUUUGGAUCUCCUUUAUUCCUGGUUAUCUGAGCACCAAGGGGAAACACAUUGUGGCUGUGGAGGUUUUUGCCAUUUUGGCCUCCAAUACUGGGCUGUUGGCUUGCAUCUUCUUCCCCAAGUGUUACAUCAUUAUUUUCAGGGCUGAUCUCAACAAAAAAACCCUGCUAACUGGAAAAAGGAUGGGCUGA